AGUAGUGCGAGGAACAUUAUCAGCGCGAGGAACAUUAAUAGCAUAAAGAACAUUAGUAGUGCGAGGAACAUUAUCAGCGCGAGGAACAUUAAUAGCAUAAAGAACAUUAGUAGUGCGAGGAACAUUAUCAGUGCGAGGAACAUUAAUAGCAUAAAGAACAUUAGUAGUGUGAGGAACAUUAUCAAAGCGAGGAACAUUACUAGCAUAAAGAACAUUAGUAGUGCAAGGAACAUUAUCAGUGCGAGGAACAUUACUAGUACAAAGAACGUUAAUAGUGCGAGGAACAUUAUCAGCGCCAGGAACAUUAUCAGUGCGAGGAACAUUAAUAGCAUACAGAACAUUAGUAGUGCGAGGAACAUUAUCAAAGCGAGGAACAUUAAUAACAUAAAGAACAUUAGUAGUGCGAGGAACAUUAUCAGCGCGAGGAACAUUAAUAGCAUAAAGAACAUUAGUAGUGCGAGGAACAUUAUCAAAACGAGGAACAUUACUAGCAUAAAAAAAACAUUAGUAGUGUGAGGAACAUUAUCAGUGCGAGGUACAUUAAUAGCAUAAAGAACAUUAGUAGUGCGAGGAACAUUAUCAGGGCGAGGAACAUUAGUAGUGCGAGGAACAUUAUCAGUGCGAGGAACACUUAUAGUGCGAGGAACAUUAUCAGGGCGAGGAACAUUAUUAGUGUGAGGAACAUUAGUAGUGCGAGGAACAUUAUCAGUGCGAAGAACAUUAGUAGUGCGAGGAACAUUAACAACGAGAGGAACGUUAGUAGUGUGAGGAACAUUAUCAACGCGAGAAACAUAACUAGCACAAAGAACAUUAGUAGUGCGAGGAACAUUAUCAGCGCGAGGAAAAUAACUAGCACAAAGAACAUUAGUAGUGCAAGGAACAUUAUCAGCGCGAGGAACAUUAUCAACGCGAGGAACAUUAUCAGCGCGAGCAACAUUAUCAGCGCGAGGAACAUUAUCAGUGCGAGGAACAUUGAAUUAUCAGCGCGAGGAACAUUACUAGCGCAAAGAACAUUAGUAGUGAGUGGAACAUUAGUAGUGCGAGGAACAUUAUUAGCGCGAGGAACAUAACUAGCACAAAGAACAUUAGUAGUGCGAGGAACAUUAUCAGUGAGAGGAACAUAACUACCACAAAGAACAUUAGUAGUGCGAGGAACAUUAUCAGUGCGAGGAACAUUAUUAGCGCGAGGAACAUAACUAGCACAAAGAACAUUAAUAGUGCGAGCAACAUUAUCAGCGCGAGGAACAUAACUAGCACAAAGAACAUUAAUAGUGCGAGCAACAUUAUCAGCGUGAGGAACAUAUCUAGAACAAAGAACAUUAUCAGUGCGAGGAACAUUAUCAGCGCGAGGAACAUAACUAGCACAAAGAAAAUUAUCAGUGCGAGGAACAUUAUCAGCGCGAGGAACAUAAUUAGCACAAAGAACAUUAAUAGUGCGAGGAACAUUAUUAGCGCGAGGAACAUAACUAGCACAAAGAACAUUAAUAGUGCGAGGAACAUUAUUAGCGCGAGGAACAUAAUUAGCACAAAGAAUAUUAAUAGUGCGAGGAACAUUAUUAGCGCGAGGAACAUAACUAGCACAAAGAACAUUAAUAGUGCGAGGAACAUUAUUAGCGCGAGGAACAUAACUAGCACAUAGAACAUUAGUAGUGCGAGGAACAUCAUUAGCGCGAGGAACAUAACUAGCACAAAGAACAUUAGUAGUGCGAGGAACAUUAUCAGUGCGAGGAACAUUAUCAGCGCGAGGAACAUUAUCAACGCGAGGAACAUUACUAGUGCGAGGAGCAUUAUCAGUGCGAGUUACAUUAUCAGCGCGAGGAACAUUAGUAGUGCGAGGAACAUUAGUAGUGCGAGGAACAUUAUCAGCGCGAGGAACAUUAUCAACGCGAGGAACAUUAUCAGUGCGAGGAACACUUAUAGUGCGAGGAACAUUAUCAACGCGAGGAACAUUAUCAACGCGAGGAACAUUAUCAGUGCGAGGAACACUUAUAGUGCGAGGAACAUUAUCAGUGUGAGGAACACUUAUAGUGCGAGGAACAUUAUCAACGCGAGGAACAUUACUAAUGCGAGGAACAUUAUCAGCGCGAGGAACAUUAUCAACGCGAGGAACAUUACUAGUGCGAGGAACAUUAUCAGUGCGAGGAACAUUAUCAGCUCGAGGAACAUUAGUAGUGUGAGGAACAUUAUCAGCGCGAGGAACAUUAGUAGUGCGAGGAACAUUAUCAGUGCGAGGAACAUUAUCAGCGCGAGCAACAUUAUCAGCGAGAGGAACAUUAUCAGUGCGGGGAACAUUAUCAGCGAGAGGAAUAUUAUCAGUGCAAGGAACAUUACUAGCGCAAAGAACAUCAGUAGUGCGAGGAACAUUAUCAGCUUGAAGAACAUAAGGAGCGCGAAGAACAUCAGUAGCGCAAACAACAUAAGUAGUGCGAAGAACAGUAACAUUUUCAGUGCGAGGAACAUCAAGGGCGAGUGGCAGUGGGUCGGCGGUGCUGCAUACGGUUGCUGAGGGCCUUCAUACCUCAAGAACGUGUCUACGAACACAAAAAAGGCGACAAUGGAAAACAACGCGACGGACAUGCUGCUGCUGCUGCAGAGGGCGAUGGAGAUGAUGGGCAAGGACGCGGACCCGGAGGCGCUGAAGAGGUUCCUUAACAGUACGGACCACAUGGACGCCCUGCCCGACACCUACUACCAGCCAGAGGCGCAACAGUUCUGCCGCUUCGAGUUCAAGGAGGCGUACAAGUGGUGGCACUACCGGCUGACCCUGAGCGUGGCAGCGACGGGCGUGCUCACCAACCUGUUCAACUUAGCCACCCUCACGCGGCCCUACAUGGCCACGCCCACCAACCUGCUGCUGCUGGGCCUUGCCGUGGCGGACCUGCUGGUGGUGACGGAGUACAUCCCUUACGCCGCCUCCACGCUGCUGGGCGGCGAGCAGCUCGUCGAGGCGCGUGAACACGCCUUCUACAUCAUCACCCACGCACACCUCUCCCAGGUCUGCCACACGAUCGCCAUUUGGCUGACGGUGAGCCUGGCGGUGUGGCGCUGGGUGGUAGUGUGUCGGCCCCACGCUGCCGUCACGCUGUGCACCACGCCGCGCGCCCGCCGUCUACUGCUGGCCGUCUACCUCGCCUGUCCCCUCGUCACCAUCCCAACAUUCUUCCUCUACACCGUCGAGGAGAUCACAGUUGCCGACGCCGACGAGGACUCCUCAAAUGCCUACAUCGUUAAUUUAUCCUCCAAUAAGCUUCUGAAGGAGAUCACGUUACUGGUGCACAGCGUGGUGGUGAAACUGGUGCCGUGCCUACUCAUCACGCUGCUCAUCCCCGCCAUCGUCCGCGGAAUGUGGUUGGCCAAGCGGAGGCGGCAACGACUCCUACGCCGCGGUCACGGUCGCACCCCCACCGCCGUCACCGUGGCCGCCGCCGCCGCCGCCGUCCCCGCCACCUGCCCCAACGCUCUCCUGACAGGUGUGAUGAAGCCAGCGGAGCAGAGCAAUGUUAGGCUGCCCAACGGAACCACUACCACCGCCGGCGCCGUCGCCAAGCCAGCCAAUGACACGUUACAGCACCAUCGUCGAGACGCCCUGGCGAGCUUCUACAUGAGAGCGACGAAGCUUGUGUUCUCCUCCUCGUCCCCUUCACAACGAGAGACGGGGGCCACGGAGCGCAGCACGAGCAUGUUACUGCUAAUGAUGCUGCUCUUCCUGCUGGCCGAGGCUCCCAAUGGCCUGCUGACCGGCAUGGCGCUCUUCUACGGGCACAAGUUUUUCAUUGACUGCUACAUCCAGCUCGGGGACUUGAUGGACCUCCUCGCGCUCACCAACAGCUCCAUCAACUUCUUCCUGUACUGCGUCAUGUGCAAACAGUUCCGUGACACCUUCGUCGGCCUCUUCUGUUCUUGCUGCUCUCGCCGCCGCCCCGCCAAGAAGCCGCUCCAAACGGAGACGAGCCUCCCGCCCUCCAAGACCAGCAUGAUAUGAGUGUCUCCCCUCCCGGCUUGUGGCGCCUUGAGUUAGAAUGACGCGCAACACAGUGGGAGAGAUGCAGCGACAGUAUAGCCCCUGCCAGGGACAACAGGGCUUCAUGGUGGUAAGGGGAGGUGCAGGUUGUCGGGGGGCAGGGCUCUAGUGGGUUUAUGUUGCGUAGCCAUGGCUCGGGGCUCCACAAGUAGGCGGAGUCCUGUCGUUGCCGCAGCAGCCUGGGUGUUAACCUUUCAACAGGUAGGGUGCGAGGGGUCCCAGAAAAUGAUGUUCAUGCCGUUACAUUACAACCCAAGCGCGGGACCCCUUGCCCGCGGUACCUAUUAGGCCUAACAGUGAUGCGUCUAAGCGGCGUAAAUUAGGCUGACUGUUAAAUGGGAUUAGAAGGGUUCAGCGCAGGAUUAUGCUGUGCAAGGGUCACGGUUCAAAAGGGGACGAAUGUAUAAUUAACUGUAGUAAUCGUUAUUGUACCAGCGCGGCGCCCAUGAAGCCCCGGGCAGCAGCCCUGAAGCCUUGACCUACAUCCUGUCCUUGCGGCAGCACGGCCGGACAGGGCGACUGCGUAACUCCCGGGGGACUGUGUGUGCCGCCAUGGAGGCGAGGCACGUGUAGCUUGUUUGUCCCGCACGGCGAGGCGGGAUUCCGCGAACACCAGACACCCGACGCUAGGUGAUUGCUCUCGUGUUCUGCGGGACACACGGCACACUGGAACCCACGCGACAACGGUACUUAAAUGUAUGUAAUUCACCACGGCCUGACCACGCGAUGGACUCACGAUCGCCAGCCAAGAACCUCCCCGAACGAACGAGCUCACAAGUGACGGAGCUCUGGGUACUUCUGUGUGGUGUGAUGUGUGUGUGUGUGUGUGUGUGUGUGUGUGUGUGUGUGUGUGUGUGUGUGUACUGUGGAGGACAUGGGUGUACAUUCUCCACUGGCAUGAGUUAUUCUCGCAAGCUGUUUAGUUCAGUAAGUAGUUGUUGCCCUCGUCCCGUCACUCCUGUUGGAAAUGAUAAUCAGUCUCCAAAUAAAGGUAAAAGAGAAGCUUAA